AUGGGCGAUAAAUCAGCGACAAAGACAAGUAGUGUUGAAGAGUCAAUGUUGUCAGUGACGUCUAAUGGUGGUGACAAGGCAAAACCAGAGCAAGAAGUUAAUGGCUGCGGCUUUGAAAGCGGGCCAAGCCGUCCACCAACACCUCAUGGUAUUGGUAUGCCGAAUAACUUCACAGAGGUUGUUAAAGGCAUCUACAGAAGUAGCUUUCCCAUGCCUGUCCAUCUCAGCAGCCUUGCACAGCUUAAGUUGAAGACGAUCGUGACUCUUGUCGAUGAGAAGUGGUCUCCUGAAUAUAUUGCUUUCGUCAGGGACAACGCAAUCACAUCUUACGUUAUCCCAAUUCUUGCAAACAAACAGGCUGAUGUCUAUACCCCUAUCAGCACUAUCAUUGAAGUGUUGACCAUCUUGCUUGAGCCCAGGAACCAUCCUGUUUUGGUUCACUGUAAUAAGGGAAAGGGGUGGACCUGCGUAGCUGCUUUAGCCGAGUAUAUACAGCACGCAUCUCCGAAGACUCGAGUUUUAGACCGCAAUUACAUCCAAAACUUCGAUGAGACCUUAGUUGCUGAUCUCGUCAAAAAGGUUGGUGCUGAUAAAUGGCUCCCGACUUUCCCACCUCUCAAAUAUACUCUUGACGGCGGGAAAGAAGAAAACUACUAUGUCAAUGGCAAUAAAGUAAAAAAACCGGAGCUUAGCACUAGUGCACCUCCUACUACAUUCCAUGGGGAAAUCAAUGAACUUCGACAUACCAACAGUCUUUAA